GCCCGACAUUGCGAAAAGCCUCUUCCAACCGCCCGAGUCCCUCACCAAGGAUCUUGGAUUGUGUGUAAGUCGCUCAGUGGCCCCAGGACAUCCUGAUAGUCUGUAAAUAUGGCUCUCGAUCUAUCUGUAUACUUGGUCACCGACUCCACCCCUGCUAUUCUCAAGGGUCGGGACCUCUGUACUGUCGUUGAAGAGGCCCUCAAAGGAGGCGUGACUAUCGUGCAGUACCGCGAGAAGAAGGCCGACACAGGCGCUCAAAUCGAGACAGCCAAGAAGCUGCACCAGAUUACCAAGGCUUAUGGAGUGCCAUUGCUGAUCAACGACCGUGUUGACGUUGCUCUGGCCGUCGGAGCGGAGGGUGUCCACCUGGGCCAGGAUGACAUGACGAUUGAGGUAGCCAAGAAGCUUCUCCCGGAGAAUGCCAUCAUUGGCAUCAGCGCGGGGUCUGUCGAGGAGGCCCAGAAGGCGAUUGCGGCGGGCGCUGACUAUCUCGGCAUUGGCACCAUGUUCGCCACUCCGACGAAAACGAACACAAAGCUAAUCCUCGGUACAGCCGGCACCCAAGCCAUUCUGAAAGCCAUCUCCGAGACGGGCCGGACGGUGGGAACCGUCUCCAUCGGCGGAAUCAAGCAGUCGAAUGUGCAACGCGUCUUGUACCAGUCCCGUGCGCCGAACAAGGGUCUGGAUGGCGUCGCCAUCGUCAGUGGCAUCAUGUCUGCUGAUGAUCCCAAGGCUGCCGCGGCCGAGUUCGUAAAGCUCGUCGCCAGCCCACCUGCAUUCGUACACAGUGGGCCGUCGGCUUCGGCGCGGGAAACCACCACACUCCUCAAGAAGGUUCCCCAGACGAUUCAAGAUAUGGUGAAGGCUCAUCCGCUGGUACACAAUAUGAUCAACUAUGUCGUGGCCAACUUUGUCGCCAAUGUCGCUCUUUCCAUGGGCGCUUCCCCAAUCAUGUCUCCAUACGGCGACGAAGCCGUCGAUCUCCGUCAGUUCGGCGGUGCUCUGGUGAUCAACAUGGGCACUCUCACCAGCGAGAGCAUUCCCAAUUACCUCAAAGCUCUGAACGCAUACAACGAGCGUGGCAACCCGGUGGUAUACGAUCCGGUCGGAGCCGCUGCGACCAGCAUUCGUCGGGGCGCCGUCAAGCAGCUCAUGGCGGGCGGAUACUUCGACCUCAUCAAGGGAAACGAGGGUGAAAUUCGACAGGUAUUUGGGAGCAGUGGCGUGACACAGAGGGGUGUCGACAGCGGCCCCAGUAGCCUUGACGAUCAAGGAAAGGCUCGGUUGGCUCUUGAGCUUGCCAAGCGAGAGCGGAACCUCGUCCUCCUGACCGGUGCGGUUGACUACCUGAGCGAUGGCGAGCGCGUCAUUGCCGUGGAAAACGGCCACGAACUUCUCGGCCAGGUCACGGGAACCGGCUGCGCUGUUGGUACGGUAGCUGGAUGCUUCAUGGCCGCCAACCCGAAAGACAAGCUCCUUGCCGUGCUGGCAGGUCUUCUGAUGUACGAGAUCGCUGCUGAGAACGCGGCGGCCAGGGAGGACGUCCGGGGGCCGGGAAGCUUUGUUCCUGCUUUCCUGGACGAGCUGUAUGCCAUCCGGCAGGCCGCGUCGAAGGGGGAUGACAGUUGGUUCAGUGAGCGGGCGAAGGUGCGGGAGAUCAGUUUGUAAAUAGAGUAGUAGUAGUAGUUAUACUCGGUAGUCUG